AUGGAUGACUCUACAGCCUUCGGCUCUCCAGGAACCGAGACGUCGCCAGCACCGAACCCUGGUCUCUCACAAGCGCCGUCGCAGGCCAAUGUGAAGAGUCAAGAUCCUCAAGAUGUGCAGAUGUCUGAGGAAUCUUCAAACGCGGAGCAUAUUACACAGGGCGGCGGAAGCCCUGGAGCUAGCGCAGCGGUAGACAAUUCGGGCGAUAUCCAGAGCGAUGCUGCAGCACCGACUACCGCCGCUCGCCUAGAUGAGGAGAUGGGUGAUGUGUCUGAGGAUACGAAAGGGCUGCCCGCUGGCUCGAACGAUACUCCGGCAGCGUUGAAUGGAGGGGUUGAAACUAAGUCGAAAGAAGCGUUUGAAUCCGCCGCCCGGGAUCAUCUCAUCUCUCAGACUCACGCUAUUGUCCUGCCGAGCUACAGCACCUGGUUUGAUAUGAACAGCAUCCAUGAUAUCGAACGUAAAGCAAUGGCAGAGUUUUUCAACAAUCGAAACCGGAGCAAAACACCGGCUGUUUACAAAGACUAUCGCGAUUUCAUGAUCAACACCUACCGUCUCAACCCAGUUGAAUAUCUCACGAUGACGGCCUGUCGUCGCAACCUGGCUGGUGACGUUUGCGCCAUAAUGCGCGUUCAUGCAUUUCUUGAACAAUGGGGAUUGAUCAAUUACCAAGUUGAUGCCGACCAGCGACCAUCACACGUUGGUCCGCCGUUCACUGGCCACUUUAAAAUCAUAUGCGAUACUCCCCGGGGACUUCAACCCUGGCAACCUGCCGCAGACCCUGUCGUUUUGGAAGGCAAGAAGAAUCGUGACACUGAUGAGAAGGCCAACGUUUCGGUUCCAAGCAAGGGUGAUCUCAACCUAGGAAUUGGCCGAAACAUUUAUGAAGCCAGUGCUAAAGGCACCCCUAUUACAAAGUCAGAAAGCCAAAAGAAUGGCGACGAUGCUUCUAUUGAAGAAGCCGCCAAGACGCCAGUGGCUAAAAUCAACUGUCACCAAUGUGGUAACGAUUGUACCAGGAUAUACUACCACAGUUCCCAGUCCGAUGCAAGAGCGAAGGCGAAGUUCGAUCUCUGCCCUAACUGCUUUACCGAAGGCCGAUUACCUGCGAGCCACACUUCUAGCAUGUACUCCAAAGUGGAAAAUCCUACAUACACAUCGAUUCUGGACCGGGAUGCGCCGUGGACCGAUGCCGAAAUCUUACGCCUCCUAGAGGGUCUCGAGCGAUUUGAUGAUGACUGGGGAGAAAUUGCUGAUCAUGUCGGCACUCGAACGAGGGAAGAAUGCGUGCUGCAGUUCCUUCAGUUGGAUAUCGAAGAGAAGUAUCUCGAUUCCGAGGCACCUACAAACCCACCCACUGGUUUAUCAAUGUUGGGAAGCCAACACGGCCACCUCCCUUUCAACCAAGUGGAUAACCCUGUUAUGUCUGUCGUGGGCUUUUUGGCAAGCCUGGCAGAUCCUGCUAGCACUGCGGCGGCAGCAAAUAGAUCAGCAGACGAGCUCAAGCGUAACCUACGAAAACAACUCGAUGGUGCGAACCAAGCAAGCAGCACGGUAGCAGCAGACAAAAAGGACAGCGAAGUGGACAAGACAGAAUCAAUGGAUGUAGAUUUCCGACAGACAGUUGUUACCACGACAACCACGACAACAAAAACAUCUCUUGCUUCAAUCCCCUUGGCCUCUAUCGGUGCUCGUGGAGCGGUAUUCGCUUCGCAUGAAGAGCGAGAGAUGACACGAUUGGUCUCGGCAGCCGCCAACAUCAUGCUCCAAAAACUCGAAUUGAAGCUCAAAUACUUUGAUGAGAUGGAAGAGCUGUUGAGAGAAGAACGCAGAGAGUUGGAGCGCGGCAGGCAGCAGCUUUUCCUGGACAGACUGGCCUUCAAAAGACAAGUGCAGACCAUCCAAGACACGCUGAAUGCGGCAGCUGAAGUAGGCGGAGGCCAGGGAUCCAGAAUGGCUCAGGAUAUCACUAUGGAUGGCGAAAAGUUGGGGUUCCAAAGCGUGCUAGAGGGGCAAUCAAUGCUGCCACCGAGCAGCGCCGGCCAGGUUAAGACCUUUGAGGCGUAA